CCCAAACACACCCAGCGCUUUUGAACGCACGAACGUCCAGUCCAGUGUCACCCCAAACCCUGCGGCGGCGACGGGCCGUCCGGUGAUCGGAGGCCAUGGACUAUACCCUCGCGGCGCUGAAGAUCUUCAGCUCCCAGCUUGCGGACUGCACCGAGGCGCCGUCCUCUGAGGGUUCCUCGGCCGCGCAGAUGCUCAACGGCAUCCGCUUCCAGCGCGCCUGGAUCCAGGGGGUGAUCCUGUCAGCGGACUACAGCGAAGCCGGAGACGGGCGCUUGUUGCUGGAUGACGGAUCCUGCAUCGUCGACCUCUUCGUCUUGCCCAGAGAAGCAGAGGGCGGGUACUGGCGGCCAGGGAUGUAUGUAAUGGUUAUUGGCCCAUACAUUGCAGCAGAGUCCAAUGACAAUUAUCCAGCUAUCAAGGUGCAUAAGAUAGUGGACCUCUCUUCCCAGCCAGACCGUGAAGCAAUGUGGUACAUGGAAGUUGCUGAGGCUUACAACUUAUUUUACUUGCCAUUCUCAGCCGCUGCUAGUCCCGCUCCACCAUCAUGAGCCCUGGCCGGCUGUCCCUUUUCUCCGGUUGCUUCGACACCUUGCUUAUUAGCAGUAAAUUGCUCUAAGCAACCCUCCUAAAUAUUUAGUGAUCCUAGCUUGUAUCACCACCGUUGUACUGAUCCAGACAUUAUAAAUCACCAUGCUAAACAGUUCAUCAUGAGCAUCAUCUAUCUA